UACCUUCUAGCACACUGAUUUGGCACAAUGAUACCGACCGAACUGCUGGAUCUUGCAAUCUCGCUUUCUUACUUUUGCAGUUAUCACGCAUGACAACGAGUAACCACGUGGAACGAAGUGUUGUAAUCUGGUGGAGCUUUAUGACUAUUUCUUCAGGAGACGCACCCCGGAUCUCGGGGAUGUAUUUUUAUUGGCCUUCUUUUCUUUCUGUUGAUUAUUUGAUUGCCGUUGCUGUCUUCUUUUUCUAUUAGCGCUUUUCCCUUUCUUCUGGACGAUUACUUGUCCUGG